GAUAGUGAUAAUGCAUCUUUGAAGAUGAAGCCAAACAACAUUUUUGACAAAUACGAGAGAGUGAAAGGACUAGGGAGAACAAACAAAUUGAAAAGGGAACACACACUCAAAAAAAGGAAAAGUGAACCAAAGACUUUUUUUUAGGUCAUCUCAAUUCUUCUUCACCCACUAUCAUCAGCAAUCUAUCCAUCUCUCUAUCUCAUUCCAUCCCCAUUUUAUUUUUGCCCCUUUUUUUGCAGAAUCCCUUGUUCUUAUGGAACCAAAAAAACAAGAGGUGCCCACUUUCGUAGUCCCAUCUCAAAACCCAAACAUGUCUGAGAAAAACAUGAACACCACCACCAACAAUAGUCAGUUAGUUGAGAUCAAAGACGAUAAUAAGAACAAGAAGCAAUUAGCUCCUAAGAGAAGUUCGAAUAAAGAUAGGCACAAGAAAGUGGAUGGGAGAGGGAGAAGGAUUCGGAUGCCAGCUCUAUGCGCGGCGAGAAUCUUCCAGCUGACUCGAGAAUUGGGUCAUAAAUCCGACGGAGAGACGAUUCAGUGGCUUCUUCAGCAAUCAGAGCCGUCAAUCGUGGCGGCGACCGGGACGGGGACGAUUCCAGCCUCUGCCCUCGCCACUGCAGGGUCCUCUGUUUCUGCUGCAGCAGAACAGGGGAGCUCUGUUUUCGCCGGCAACAAUUGGACGGCAGCGGCGAUGGUGAACGGCAAUUUGGUCGGGAGAUCGGGUCUGGGAAGUGGGUUCUGGCAAUCCAGAACAGGGUUCAUCGGGGGUAAUAGUGGUAGUCAGGCGUCAUCGGCGAUAGUGGCCGGUGGGAGUUAUAGCGACGGCGGGAAGAUCGGCGGGUUUCAUCAAGGUGGUGGCGGGAUGGAAUUUCCGAAUGUGGGUUUGAUGAGUUUUUACUCAAUGUUUAGUGGGUCAGGUUUGAAUCCCGGUUUGGAGCUCGGGCUUUCGCAGGACGGGUUGUUGAAUUCUUCUUCUCAUGGGUUCAGCCAGUUUUAUCAGCAGAUGGCUCAUGGCCAAGCUGUCGCUGCCGCGGCUGCCGCGGCUGAUUCGAUGAAUCUGAAUCAUAAUCAGCAACAGGAGGAAGGGUCAUCGGAGAAGGAAGAAUCAUCUCGUGGAUCAAGGCAUUAGGAUUUAGGAAUUGUGUUGUGUUUCCAGUUAGGUGAAAUUAAAGGUGGCAUCUUUUUUUAGAUAGUAUUUGAUCUUGAUAUGGUUUUCUUGUUGCAUUUGUACAUUUACAGGUGGCGAAGUAGAGACUGAGGGAGAGAGCUUGGUGAGAAAGGUUUUUUGAGGAUUGCAAAUUUGAGUUUUGUUUUCUCCAAAUACUUCCUUUGGUUGCGGGAAUGUUUGUAUGAUAAGAGGAUUUUGGAAUAUGGCUAGGGGAAUCCUUCUUCAAUUAUCACAUGGUUCACUACAUCAAUUUUCUUAGCUUGUUUUCAAAAUAAUUUUCUUUUUAAUAACACAUACGACGACCAUAUCGUUAAAAAUAUUCAAAAGAACCGAUUCAAUAAGAUAGAUAUUUUGUG